UUACAGAUUUGUAUUCCCUUUGGGAAAAGGCUGGUUGUUGAAUCAGUGCGUGCAGUUAAUAUAUAUAUUUUUUAGCAUCAUGAUGCAAAAUGUUUACAGAAAGUUAGUAUUAAACGCCAUCAGAAGCCAGACGACCAGCAUACAUUCUCCUUUUGUGCCUGCUGUCAGAAAAUUACAGUGUUCGGCGACUAUAUUGUCUGCAGGCGCCGUGAAGGACAACGAGCAGAACAACGGGUUUGAUGCGUCGCUCCUCGAAUACUUGGUUUGCCCCCUGUCAAAGAAACCGCUGCGCUAUGAGGCCUUAACCAAUGAACUGAUAAACGAGGAACUUGGAAUCGCCUAUCCUGUCGUUGAUGGUAUACCCAACAUGAUCCCACAGGAUGCAAGAAUGAUCCGCAAGCAAGAACAAACAAGAAAAGACAACGCAGAGGACUGAGAUUUUUAUCUAAAGGCCAAUUUUGUGAACUGUGUAUUCAUAUUGGUGUGGUUUAAACACGUUUUCAAAAAAGAAAAAUGUUUCUGU